CUGCUGAGAUCUAAGCUAAAAAAAGUUUGCAUACUGCUGAGGUGUGUGUCAUUUGGCAAGUUCCAUUGAACUGAAAGCGGAAGGGAAAGGAAUCGAGGCAAAAGGGAGGGACUGGACGUUGCCCAGUCUUCAGAAUGCGGAAGUUACUAUUGGUGAGGAAAGAGACACUUAAAUUCCCUCUUACUUAAGGCGACAGCUUGUAACCAGAAAGUCUGUUGAUUAAAUGACCACGAAAUAUAUCAGUGUAUCAGGUCUAGAUUUGUACUGGCAUGGAAAAAACAAGGGCAGCUACAUGGGUCAGAACUGAAGAAUCUGGGGAAUUUCAGAAUUCUCAUGGUGGAAACAAAAGAGGAAACAAUGUUUGUAGACAAGAAAACAUAAGGACAAGCUCUCCCAUGGUACGGAGGACAGAAAGUGCCAACAGGACUCCAUCACCCGCCACAAUAUCGAGGAGGAAACGAGGCAUGAGGGGGAGUGUGUGGAGCACUGCAGGGUCGUUGCCUCUUAGAGGAGCAUGUAUCUCUGCAGCUAGUUUUGAUGCUAUUGAUGGACCAGAAGAGCAGACACUGGAUUCAGCUGUUAGCAGCUUGGUACUAGAUCCAAAUGAACAUGCGUGGAUGCUGAUUGCUGCAGAGGGCAAUUUUGAUGAGCUUAAAGAGUUUUUAUGGCUGGAUCCAAGCCUUUUGUACAAGAGAGACUUUGUUACUGGUUACUCCAUCAUCCACUGGAUGGCUAAGCAUGGCCACCAUGAGGACCUGAUCAAGGUCAUGGAUUUUGCUUGUGAUACUGGUUACACCCUGGAUAUCAAUGUCCGUGACAGUGGUGGACUUACCCCUCUGCAUAUUGCUGCUUUGCAAGGCCAUGUCAUGGUUGUCAAGGUGUUGGUUGGUGCAUUCAAUGCAAACAUUCAUGCUAGGGACCACAAUGGGCUCAAGCCUUGGCAGUAUCUAGGACCAGGAACUGCAAGGAAUCUUCAGGAGCUGUUGGGAGCUCCUGAGGAAGAUAGUGAUGUAUUAGCUACAAUGAACAUAAAUAAUAAUUGUCAACCCAAAAAUCUUCAAGUCCGUGAUGAAACAGAUCCUGCUCCAAAACUCAUGGUUGCCAUAGCACCUCUCCAAAACCUUUUCAAAAGUGCCUAUGGUUUUCUCAAGAAAUGGUAACAGCUGACAAUUUCACAGACACUUUAUCUAGCACAAAUAAUACUCAGUAUUGCACUAAAAAAGCAUCGCCUACAGUAGUGAGUAUUACAGCCUAAAUGCAUUAUGCAUGGUACUCAUAACUGCAAAUAAUUAUUAACUGUGUACUUUUAAGGGCUGGUAACUUACCCACCUUAUACUGUAUGUCUAGUGAAAGCCUCUAGUGCUUUGAGUAAGCUCAGUUUUCUGCUUCAUUGGGUUUCACAAGUGCUUUACAUUUAUUGCAAAAAACUGAGCUGGUCAGGUGGCCAUAUGUGGACAGAUUUCAGCUGCUGAUUUGGGUCAUUUUGGCGGCUUAUCCGUCCAUGUAUGGGCCACCCCCCCUGCGGGCCUACCUAACCGACAUAUGGCCUAAAAUUCGCCAGAUCUUUAUCAGGCAGGUUUUGUUUUCUAUUGAAAUGGGGACCACAUUGGAUCAUUGAUGCAGUCCUCACUCCAACUGAGCCUAUGCCUGGCAUUGUAAUUUGAUUGUUUGACCCUAGGUGGGCAUAUUGGGAGAGGUCACUAAAGAAGUGGAUAUUACAAUAU